GACGCCAACUCAGCUGUUUAAAUUUUGUCGACGCGUUUAAUAAACAAAUAGAAGGAAUUAGUUUUCAUCAAAUUUUCUUCUUUCAAUUCAAAUAAAAUGGAUAUAGAAAACGAGCGUGUGCUUAAGCUGAUUUUUCCUGAUGGCCUUCCAGAGAAUUUACACGACAAUCCAGAGCUCUACACGUACUUGGCCAAUUUAGGCACAUACAAAGUGGAUCAAUUGAAGAAGGAACAAACCCGCUUGGCUGAUGAAAGCAAACGUAUCGUUGAGCAAACACAAGAAUUGGCGAUUUCCAAUUAUAAAACAUUCAUACACACAGCAGAAAAUUCACGUUCCAUAUACACGGAAUUCCAGAAUACGGAAGAGCAAGUGGGCACAUUAUUGGAAAAAUUGCCAAUUUUCACGACAGAAUGUGAAAGUUUUCUCAGCAAAGCGGAAGAUAUCAAUGAAGAUAGACGUAUUAAUACGAUAACUUUGAAGAAAAAUGCACAACUAUUGGAAAUACUAGAAUUGCCGCAAUUGAUGGAGCGUUGCAUACGCGAGGGACGUUAUGAAGAAGCGCUCGAGUUGGCGAGUUAUGUGCAAAAACUGGGACAUAAUCAUAGUGAUAUAGCAAUAAUAAAGAGUAUUGUACAUUCCGUAGAAGCAUUGUGGCAUACUAUGUUGGUGCAGUUGGUGGCACAGCUGCGUACAGACUUACAACUGCCCAAAUGCUUGCAAAUUGUAGGUUAUCUCAGGCGUAUGCAGGCAUUCAGUAAUAAUGAAUUGAAAUUGAAGUUUCUGCAAGCGCGCGAUACAUGGCUAAUAAACACUCUCAAAGCUAUAGCCAAAGAUGAUGCUCAGCAACAUUUGACGAAAACCAUUGAGGUGACGCGUAUUAAUUUAUUUAACAUCAUAACACAAUAUCGCGCAAUUUUUCCCGAUGAAGAGCCAAGUGUUGUGUCGGCCACCAAACCAAUGCAAGGUGUAAGCUGUGAAGGGGAGCGUCUAUUCCAUGCUUGGUUGCAUAAGAAGAUCGAUGACUUUCUGCAAACGCUCGAGUCUGACCUGUCACGCGGCGUGAGCUCUUUUGACACCGUACUCGGCCAGUGCAUGUACUUUGGUUUGUCUUUUAGUCGCGUUGGCGCUGAUUUUCGUGCACUUAUGGUACCAAUUUUCUUGCGUGUCAUAAGAAGAAAUUUCGAUAGCGCAAUUUCUACGGUUAAUCAAAGCUUCGGACAGGAGCUGGAACGUUAUACGCUCAUCAACAAAGUGACGCUACACGCACGCGGUCAUAAAGUGGAUGCAACAACUGCUGGGGACACAACAACGCAAGACUCUUACGCACCACCAGAAACCCUACUGGACUUCCAUCCGCUAGCCUCACUCUGCAAUGGCUACUUAAAUGCCUUCAACGAUUUACGGCUCUGCGCGCCCAUCGCUUUGGCGAAUGAUGUAACGCGUGUGUUACAAACUUCUUUGGAAUUUGUGGCUACCAAAGUUUUGGCAUUCUAUCGGCAAGAACAACAGGCUUUCACCAGUGCUGAGCGCGAAACCUUUGUGAAAUUAUGCUCUUGCCUGGCUUAUGAUCUGAUACCAUAUGUGCAACGUUGCAUACACGCUAUAUUUCCACAACAAACGCUCACCAAUCAUUUGGGCAUUAAUUUGCUCACGCUCGAGCAGGAGCAGAUUACAUAUUUACAACAACAAAAGAUUUUAGAGCCACUGAAGCAUUUGUUACCAAGCAGAAUACCAGAAGUAUUGCUUAAGCAGGAGCAAACGUCCACUGUGAUGGAGUCGCAGGUGGUUGUUAGCGCGGAGGGUUAGAGUGAUGAGAUGUGACGAUUUUCCACUGAGCUCCUUCGGCAAGUUGAGGUGCAAGAAAUUGGCAUAUAUGUAUACCCAAUAUAAAGUCAAAAAGUCUUACAAUUAUACAAAAAUAUAUAUAUAAAGAAUAUGCAUAAAUAUAUAAUUACUUGCAAAAAUAUAUACAAACAUAUAAUGUCCACUGGUGUAUGCAUUAAUCUCCACACUCCAACUGACCACAAAUGUCAAAUUCAUAUGACUCACAGAGGCCGAAACCACCCUCACCGCACUUCAUACAUAUUAAUAUGUAUCAUAUGUAAGUUUAUAUGCUUGUAUAUGCUCACAGCUACACAUACAAAUAUAAAUGUACAUUACUGUAUUACAAUAGCAAAUACUAUAUAAUGUAAUUUAUGAAUUACAAUUAAAAAGGAAAAAUUAGCCACAUGAGCUGAAGCGCA